AACUUCUUCAACCCUUUUGUUUUGGCAAGUUGAACAUUUCAGAGCCUUCGAAGGAUAGUCGCUCUGCUUUUAGUUUUCCGUUUCCCUAGGGGACGCGAAGUCUCCAGCCACUUUAAACCACAGUUAACUAACAGAUAGGCAUCGAGGAGCCGCCGGGAACUGUUCCCGGCUUCUUCAGCGGAGGACGUAGGCGAGAGGCUGCCUUUCAGGAUUGCUUCCGACUUCAGCGCGAGGACGCAGACACAUGCGCACGCUUCCCCGGGCCUUGCCACCGACCCCGCGUCCCUGCGCUCCGGAGCUCUCGGGGAGGAGCCGGCGGCCGAGGCUCGGCGGGCUGGAUGCAAGACCCGCGCCGACCUGGCGGCGGACGGCGGCUGUGGACUUCUCCGGGAAGGGGAUCGCGGAGCGGACCAGCCUCCCCUCGCUGGCCAUGGCCUCCAACUUUAAUGACAUAGUCAAGCAGGGCUACGUGAAAAUCCGCAGCAGGAAGCUGGGGAUUUUCAGGCGAUGCUGGCUGGUUUUUAAGAAGGCUUCCAGCAAAGGACCCAGAAGGCUAGAGAAAUUUCCAGAUGAAAAGGCAGCUUAUUUCAGAAACUUUCACAAGGUAACUGAACUGCACAACAUCAAAAAUAUAACCAGACUGCCCCGAGAGACAAAGAAACACGCAGUGGCCAUUAUCUUUCAUGACGAAACGUCAAAGACAUUUGCCUGUGAGUCAGAGCUGGAGGCCGAGGAGUGGUGCAAGCAGCUCUGUAUGGAGUGCUUGGGAACGAGGCUCAAUGACAUCAGCCUAGGGGAGCCCGACCUGCUGGCGGCUGGAGUACAACGGGAGCAGAAUGAACGAUUCAAUGUUUAUCUCAUGCCUACACCAAAUUUGGAUAUUUACGGUGAAUGCACAAUGCAGAUUACUCAUGAGAAUAUCUAUCUUUGGGAUAUCCACAACGCCAAGGUCAAACUGGUGAUGUGGCCUCUGAGCUCGCUGAGGAGAUACGGUCGGGACUCAACAUGGUUCACCUUUGAGUCAGGAAGGAUGUGUGACACAGGAGAAGGACUAUUCACUUUUCAAACCAGGGAAGGAGAAAUGAUCUACCAGAAGGUCCACUCUGCAACCCUGGCCAUAGCGGAGCAGCAUGAAAGGCUGAUGCUAGAAAUGGAGCAGAAGGCCCGGCUUCAGACAAGCUUGACUGAGCCAAUGACAUUAUCGAAAUCCAUCUCUCUUCCUCGUAGUGCCUACUGGCAUCACAUCACGCGUCAGAACAGCGUGGGAGAAAUCUACAGCUUGCAAGGGCACGGGUUUGGUUCUUCCAAGAUGUCUCGGGCACAGACAUUUCCCAGCUAUGCUCCCGAGCAGAGCGAAGAGGCCCAGCCGCCGCUGUCUCGGUCCAGCAGCUAUGGGCUCAGCUACAGCUCCAGCCUCAUUCAAUGACACCCAGAGGCCAGCAGUGACCAGAGAGACAGCCUGUCCUGGACCGGCCAUGGGGGCCACGACAUCCCCUGCCUCCUGGAAGACCAAUUGCAGUACAAAUUGAGAGUUGGUCAGGCCUAGCCUCAGUCUAAUUGGAAGGUUAAAAACUGGAGUUCUGCUUCCUUGACUCACUAAGUCCUUUAUUUAUUGAAUUUCUAUGGGGGGAGGGUCUAUGUUUUACAAAAAUAGAAUCCAAGUCACGGGAACACACAUUUGAAUAAACAGCUUUCUCGGGGUCUGACAGUAGUAACAGAGGCUUCAGCCCUCAGACAUUUACCUGCAGCGGGUUGCGUCUGCACGGCAGGCCUCUACCCUGGUCUUCACGGCUCGGUCUUGUCUGAGCACGGGACCUGUCCUUCCAGAUAAUACUGAGCCACCACAAGCUCUGUGACUUUUUCAGUUUUAACAGGGACAAAUUUAGUCAGCUCUACAAAUGGCAUCCCUCCAGGUAGAGAAGCCCAGUGAUAAUUGAGGGAACAUGAAAUUAGAAUGUUUUAUGAAGCAAGGCCCUUGCAGCUCUGCGCGCUCUCUUUCUCUCUCUCUCUCUCUCUCUCUCUCUCUCUCUCUCUCCCUGUCUGUCUCUGUGUGUGUAGAAACAUAAAGACAUGGAUAAUGCUAUACCCAUCUAUCUAUAACAAGUGUAGAUCAAACGUGCUGAGAGCGACAGUUAAUGCUCACUUAAGUUGUUGAAAACUAAUCUGUUGUGUUGAAACCAAUACAGCUAUGUUGAAUAGAUAUUUUUAAAAUAGUGCUGGUACAAAAACGAAGGCUUCUUGCUAGCCAAAGGAGUCAUGCAGUCCAAUCUGCACCAAUGAUGAGCGUGAGUGCACAUGUGAGAGAGAAAUGCUUUAGGAAGUAUGAGAACCAGCCAAUCUGUCCUGCAUGUCUGUGGUCAUGAGUCUGUCUGGUUACUGUCGCCUUCUUACUGUGUUUCUCCCCUUGGCCAUCCAACUGAGCUACCUGAGGAAGGAUUGGUGUGAUCUCAUAUCAGCUUGCGUUUAACCUUGGGGUAGACAGAGAUUGCAGACAGUUUAAAAUAGAAGUUAAAAACUAUACUUUAAAAAGAAUUUAGCUGCUUUGCAGUCAGCAGAAGAACACCUGCACAGGAGAGAAGUUAUCAGUAUUUUAAAUUUCAUGGAUGCAUUUCCCAAGCACCAUCAGGAUCUUGUAAAUUUACUGUGGAAUCAAAACUUAACAGGCUUUUUACUUUUUCCUUUUUUUUUUUUUUUUGUGUACUCAAUUUGGUUUGUCUGAUUAUAGGAGGAAAUGUAUCCAAUGUAAAUUCAGUUCAUCCCUAGCACUAUGACAAACCUACUAAGCUUAAAGAGAACUGGUGGUUUCCAUGUGAAUAAGACGAGUUUGGAGAAUUCAGGUCAGCAUAGAGACAUUUGCCUAUAAUUUAAAAAGUAAGAAUACAAAUUAUUCUGCCUGAAUAAUCUGAAGUCAUGUGCCUCAGAGAGUUAUCUCUUAAGGACCCUAGGGUGGGUUGAAAGAACAGACAGAAUGGGUCAGACAAGAGGAAAAGCUGAAUUUUUUUUUCUUAAUAGCAAAAAUAUUUUACCUAUCAAAGUUAGUCUACUGAAAGGAUAUCUUUCUGCUGAUCUCCAGCAAGUUCUUUCUUUGUUUUUCUUCAGCACUAUCUAUAGCUUGAGAGCUGACUGAAAAAUUCAUUUUAGUGAAUUACUACUGAAUAAAAAUGGUCCUGCAUCCCUUCUUGAUAAAUGUGCACUUAUAGCAACUACCUAGACUCCCUGAAUCACUCAGAUAAGUGUGAAACCCCAUCAAGAUGCUAAUCGUAAGAGUUAAUGUGGCUGUGAGAAAUAAUUAUCUUAGGCCUUCAGGGAUAAAAGAGAAUUACCAAUCUCUGCACUGUGAAUUUUGCUGACACAGCAGAGGAGGAAGUGGCUCGCUCCUUGCAAGGAUACAGCCUCCCCAGGAUCCCAUCUUUCAGGGCUCACGCCCCUGGGUUUCUUCAGAACAUGGCAUUUGCUUUAGAAAUGCCAUUCGUCAAACUCACCAGAGCAGCUCCCAGCUGGGACCAGGCGAGCGCAGUUCCUAGUGUGGCCAAUGCAGAGCGAGCCUCUUGCUGGCUCACUGAGUCGAGCUGUUGCUCAGACACCGUAAGUUUCUACAAGGGACUUAUGGGAAAGGCCCUAAGGGGUCCUGGUUCACGUCUCAGCUUUAUUAAUGUGUCAGAAUCACAGACAGCGAGUCCAGGGGGAUUCUGCUCAUUACGGGAGUCUGCUUGUGUCUCUUUUGUGUGAGACGAGUAUCUGUGUGAAUGAGUUUCAGGAACACUGUUUGUUUCUGGUCAUCACCAACGAGUAUCACCCAGAAGGCACCAAAGAUCAGGCAUAACCUACGGCCAGUUUAUUCGAAAACUCAUGUCACAAAAAGAGCAUGUGAAUGAAUGAUUUUUUUUUUCACCAAUCUUGCCAUAGUGAGAAUAAUGUUGUAAAUUAUCUCCUGGUACACUUUUGGAGUUUUAUUCUAGCAUACUGCACUUGAUAUGAAGCAGUGUGAGUUGUAAUAAAAAUGGCAAGUAAUCAACACAAAUUUAAAAAAACCAAAGAAGGAAAGUUACUUAUACCAGACUCUUCUGGAUCUUUACAAAGCCAAUUUCACUGGCAUUACUAGAAAGGCCCUGGACAGAUGUCAACAUGCCUGAGCUUUCAGUUUCUUGACUGAAGAUGCCUCUACACUUUGCAAUUCUUCCUCCCUUCAGAUUGUAUUAUAUCUUUAAUAUGCCUAUGACUUCCUUGUGAGGGAGGGACUGCUAUGAACCAAAGACAUCUUUUGGCUCCUUCUGAGGGUGACUUAAUUGAGGUUCCACCCAGAUUAAUAAUGAUGAAGGAAGAUGGUCAUUGGGUCUAUAUCAAAUAGUGAAAUAUGUGAUAAGGGAGCCUUCCAUACAUCAUAAAGUUUCUUCUGACAGCCGACAGAGCCUGGAGGCAUGUGCAUAUCACAGACUGAUUAUAUUAGGGGAUUUGGCUCUUUUUUAUGUCCUAGUGUUUUUCUUCUGAUAAUAUUGAUAUUCACAAGGCCAACACAUGACAUUACGUGCAAUGUGCAAAGAAAUAAAAUAAAAGUACAAAUGACUUUGACCCAGUGCUUUGCUACUCCGAAUGUAGAGGGGAAACAAAACUCAUCUUUGACAGAUUUAUUGAACAAUCAGUAGACACUCAGAUGAUUUAUUUAGGUGGGUUGGAAAUAUUUUUGAAUAAUUAGCUUCUGACCACUGCCCCAAUUUGAAUUAAAGGAAAUAAGAAAUACAUAUAUUUAUUCCUAUGUAACAGAAGAUGCUUUUUCAUAGAGCAUGUGAAAUGAAGUGAAGCAUACUAAUCAACACUAAACUCACCUCUUUUACCAAGCAGUAGCUAGAGUUCUUGUCCUAGUAACUUGUAUGAUCCUUUGGUCUCCACUGGGAAAUUCAUGUUUGCAAAUUGUGAGCCACUAUAGAAUGGCCAGCCAUUCAUAUCUUCUACCCAACAUAGAUACAAUGGCCUGAUAAAUAACCUCACACUGUUAGCUGUAGUUUGUGCAGAUCCAGUUUAUUGCAUGUGGUAUCAGUAUAAUAGAUUUUAAAAAUACCUCAUGAACAUUGAAGCCUAUCCCCGCAUUCUCUGUCCAGUGUCUCAGAAAACUUUGUUAAAAAAAAAAAAAUGCUUAAGGAAAUCUACUCCCUUGAUUACUGGAGCAAUUUACAAAACUCAACCAUUAGCAACAAGCAGAUGAAAUUAUAUUCUUAUAAAAGCUGCCGUCCGGCUUUGACUUUUAUCACACAGCACAAUGAUGUGUUAGACUCUAAGGAUUAGUUCUUUAGCACUUCCUUUUUAUAAAAAAAAAAAAAAACUUUAAAAAUUACACUCUUUA